ACGGAGCCCGGACAUGGCGGGCGUGAAAGCUCUCGUGGCCCUGUCGUUCAGCGGAGCCAUCGGGCUGACGUUCCUCAUGCUGGGUUGCGCCCUGGAGUACUACGGUGUGUACUGGCCCCUGUUUGUGUUGAUAUUUUACUUCAUCUGCCCCAUUCCCCACUUCAUAGCCAAGAGAGUGGGUGAUGACAGUGAUGCAGCCAGCAGUGCCUGCAGGGAGCUGGCCUAUUUCUUCACCACAGGAAUUGUUGUCUCUGCUUUUGGAUUUCCUAUCAUCCUUGCACGGGUGGAAGCAAUCAAAUGGGGAGCCUGUGGCCUGGUGCUGGCUGGCAAUGCAGUCAUUUUCCUGACUAUUUUAGGCUUUUUCCUUGUGUUUGGCAGAGGAGAUGACUUUAGCUGGGAGCAGUGGUAGGAGCUCGCUGUGGUGCUGGUAAUUCUGAAUAUUUGACAGCUUUUUUUUUUUUUUCCUCCCCUGUUCUGUGUGUAUGUAUAGAUAUUAUAAUAUAUGUGGUCUGUUAUCCACGUGGCUUUACAUUCUCACUGAAUAAUUUGCUUUUUUUUUUUUUUUUUUUUUGAUGCACUUCAGCCAAAGGGACAGUGCUGACAGUUGACUUGAAGUAGUCACUAAAAUCUGGAAUUAUUAUGAAUUUAUCCUUGAAGAAGUUUACAAAACAUAAGCAGUUUUUACCCAUUUUUCACUAUAUUUGCAUUAAUUUUUGGUUAAAUUGCAUUGAGCCAUUGGUCACUAUUCCUGUUGGCUUUUAGCCAUCUAAUCAAAGAACAUUUGAAAGAUUAUCUUAAUUGGGAUUGUUCAACUUGAUCCAUCUUUUUGCUUUAAUUAGGAUGAGUAAGUAUUUCAUUUACAUCUCCUUAAUUGUAGUUGGAGAAAAAUUGUGAUUUUUUUCUUAAUGAUAUAAAACCAAACAUAAGUUAUGUCAACUUUUACUGCCUAAUGAAAGCAAAAGAAAAUAACCCUGGUUAAAAACCUUUUCACUUAGGUUUAUUUAAGAUCCUUUUCUGCCCACAAAGAUAUUUUCUGUCUCUAUUCAGUUUAAAAAUUGUGGCUAUAUUUGGGAAAUAAUAUCAUUUAAUGCAUCUUAAAGCUGACAUGACUUCUGUGAAGGUUCACAAAAGGAGAAACUACCCUGAGGACAGAUAAAAAUCACAAUUUAGUGUAAAACUCUGUAUUUUUAUGGGUGUGAACUGCAAGGAAUUGAGUGUUCUUAUUUCCUCCUUGCUUUUUUAAAAAAAAAAAACUUCAACUCCUAUUUGCUUGUCUGGAAGGAUGUUGUUAUUACAUUAAAACACUAUAUUUUGAAAUAGCAUUAUCCUGGUAAACGUUUACAUAAUCACUCUUAAGAAAAUAGAAUUUUAUUACUUUAAUAAUGGGAAUGGUCAGUAAUGAAUUAAUUGAGCACUCUGAAAUGGGAACAGAAAUAAUUUUGUGGUCCCCAGUCGUGGGAUAUGGAAUGGAAAAUGGAAUUUCAGGAAGGUUAAUUCCAUGUUUUCCAUGGAAAUUCCAGCUGUGGAAAUUACAAUUGAGUAGCUGUAUUUGAUAUUUGAGGGGUUCCAGGUUGUCUCCUGCUAAAAGAGAAAUUAAUUAAUUUUAUUGACAGAUUUUUUUUUUCUGGUUGUUAAUGCUCCGUCCAAGACAUAGCAGGAUAAACUUCAAAAAAUCCUGGGAAUAAUAAAUUAUCUGAGUGUCUUCCUGCUUUUGAUGACAUCUGUUGGAACUGGGAAAAUUACUUCUUUUUAUGAUAAACCAAAUUUUUCAGAUGAAACAUCAUUUCCACGUUUAAAUCCUGCUUUGAAUUAAAAGAAGUUGGUUUUUUUUCACUGUACAGUGACAUUUUUUCACUCAAUAAUGAAGUAAAGCAGUGAAAUAAAACCCAGCCUGGUGAUAAAUCCUUAAUGCCAUUGUUAACAAUUCCAUUUCACUCCUCUUGGAUUUGGGGUUGGAUUCUGCAAACAUUUUCCUCCAUUUAUGUACCAAAAGCUGCACUAGAAAUCUACAAAACUACUCAAUUACUGCUGGAGUUUUGGGGAGGAAAAGCAGCUGAGGUUGAAUUUUUUUCCUUAAAAUAAAUCAUUUUUUGUGGGCUCUGCUGUAGAAUGUGCCAGGAACAGUGAACAAGGACAAUCUCAAGUGACCAGGAGGAGCAGAAAAUGCUGUUUAAAAUUGCUUUUUGCCAAAUUUUUCCCUUGUACUGUAUCCCCUUUGGGUUGUGGUUGGUGGGUACCUCAUGGGUGUUGAGUGGAGAAGGUCAAUGCUUUUUUUUAUUAUUAUUAUUAUUAUUUUAUUUUUAUUAUUAUUAUAUGGAAGUAGCUGUGUGCACUAAUCCCUAAUGUGAAUUUCAUGCAGUUUUCCCACCGAUUUUACAUUUAAUGGUUAAAAUUGUGUUGAAAUCAUGGAGAAUCUCCCUUAACCUCUGUAAAGCAAAUUUACUUUAUUAUCAAAUAUGGUAAAAAAAAAUAAUAUUUCAGUGAGGUUUUUUUUCUCCAGAGCUUCACUCCCACUAAGCUCUGCUGGUCUGUACUGGGAAUUCUGUCCCAUCCCUCCAGUGAGAAUUUCCUGUGCUUUCUCUGGAAUGGUUUUUCCAUGUGGAAGUGAAUACUGUGUAUCCAAAGUGCCUUAAUUUCCACACAACUCUGAUUUUUGGGAAUGCACCUCCAUGACAACAUCAGUGUUCCAAUAUCAGCUGGAAAUCUGCAUUUUUCCAAAGCUUCCUUGUCAACUAAUGCUGUUUCCUGCCACUGGGAAUGCAGUGCAGCUUUUGUACCUUUUGUAAAAACAGUUUUUAUCUCCUGUGAUUGCCACAUCCUUGAGAUCAUGAAGUAUUAAACCAUGGACAUUCAAAUAUAUCCUACUUUUCUUUCCAAGUUGCCUACUAAAACUGACUUUUGGAAUUGUCUAAUAAACAUAUCUGAUGCUUAAAA